AAACUUUCUCGACGACGGUCUUGUCUGGACAAUUCGACAGUGCUGUCUGAUGGAGACAAGAAAAGGGCACGAGAAAUUCUGUCUUCCCCAGACGCGUUACAUUAUAUGUCGUCGGAGGAAAGCUGCGAAGACGAAGCAGUAGAACCAAGGAAUGGCCCAAAACCACGAAAGAUCAAAAAGCUUUCAUGGGAGAAGAGCAAACUGAGAAAUAUUGAAGCGAAACUGGAUGAGGCGUAUUUGGCCGGACUAACUGAGUGCACGUGCACAAGUGCACGUGUCAAUCGGACUGAGGAUGAAUCACCACGCCCUCACCCAACUAACGGCCCUCGUUGGGCUGUCCGCAGCGACUAA